CGCAGCCGCUAGUGUAUGUCCUGAAGUACAUUUCCAUUCACGCAGGCAGCAAAAGUAUCAGCCACUGCCUGUAUUCUACGUCCAUUACGGUAUUUCACAGCUAUUUAUCAGUGGAGCCAGACGGAUGCAGAGAUAGAGACGAGGGAGAGAAAAGCACAGGUUGGUGCAAAUCCUCAGCAGCAGCAGCCUCAUUUUCUCUCCAGCAAAGGUACUGUAUCAACCUCUUUUUUUUUUUUAUCCUUCCAGUCUCUUUUCCCCAGCAUGUCUGGAGUCGUCAUGUGUGAAAUACUUCAGCAAUGAGCACAAAUUUCUUCGGCUGUACAGUUUAGGCAAUUGUUCAGUUUAACGUGUCCAGACGCAUCAUGCUGAGGAAGGGAGACAGAGAAGUCCUCCUGGAUCUGGACUAUGGAGGCGAAGCACAAACCACCGAGAGCUAUGGGAGUCUGCAGAACGGAGUCUUCAUCCCACCAAGAUAUCUUUCAGCAGCAGCUGCUGACGAAGAUAUGGACGAUGACGAUCCCAUUGACCAUCACUGGAAUACAAGAAGUAACCAGCCAGUUCCACAGCCGGGGAUAUACUUCAGAGACGGAAGAACUAAAAUUGACUUCGUGCUGGUGUGGGAGGUUCGCUCGCGGAGGAAGAAGCGAGGGAAGGGGAAGAGUGAGGCGACCUGCGAGGAGGGGGAGGCCGUGCCCCCCGAGGAGACCAGCCGCUCUGAGCGAAGGAAGGCCCAGCUGGAACAGUGGAGGGAGAAGUUUGUUCAGAACCUGGAGAGUGCUGGACUGCUCAUGGAAAAGGAGGAAACAGCGAAUGAAAAGAAAACAAUACACUUUCUGAAAGUGAAUGCUCCCUGGGAUGUGAUGGUGUGUUAUGCUGAGGAACUCUGUCUGAGAGCUCCAUUACAGGCACAGCCAAAUCUGGAUUUAAACACAUCUGCUCGGGUACUGAGCAGACUAUGCAUACCUAAUGUAAUGACAGAGUCGGUGCCAAACAGGCCACUGGACUAUUACACAUGUGCAUUUCGCAAGUCGAAGAUGAGCAGAUUCCUCGGCUGUGAGGACCAGGAAUCCUACUUCACUAAUACACAGAGACACCGUGUUGUGUAUGAGAUUCUUACCAAGACGGUUUACGGCAAAAAGAAGAGGUCUGAAGUUGGCGUGGACAGACUGAUAAACGAAGGGGCGUACACUGCAGCGUUCCCCCUGCAUGAGGGCCCUUUUGAACUUCCUAAGUGUGAGAUCCGUCCUGAUGAACUCAACCAGAGGCAGGUUCUUUACCACUACUGGGCCCGCUGGUUCGAAUGGUACAAGUACCAACCUCUGGACCACAUCAGGGAGUACUUUGGAGAGAAGAUUGCACUCUACUUUGCAUGGCUGGGUUUCUACACAGCCUGGCUGCUGCCGGCAGCAGUGGUCGGAACUCUAGUCUUUGUUUCUGGAGUCAUGUCCAUGGGUACCAACACACCAGCGAAGGAAAUCUGUACGAGUGGAGACACUUAUCUGAUGUGUCCUCUCUGUAACACCUGUAACGCCUGGAACAUGUCUGAAAUCUGCACCAUGGCUAAGAUGGGCUACUUAUUCGACCACCCGGGUACGGUCCUCUUCAGUGUGUUCAUGUCGUUCUGGGCCGUAACCUUUCUGGAGUACUGGAAGCGAAAGAUGUCCACCCUGGCCCAUCACUGGGACUGCAUGGACUUCCAUGAAGAAGAGGAGCGUCCUCGGCCAGAGUUUGCAGCGAAGGCCCCGACUAUGGAGCAGAACCCAGUGACUGGGGUCAAAGAGCCCUACUUUCCAGAAAAAACCAGGCUGACCCGCAUGUUCACAGGCUCCAUGGUCAUCAUAAUGAUGCUGUGUGUGGUGAUGAUCUUCCUGGUGACGGUGGUCAUGUGCCGCGGUAUCAUCAUUGUGAUGAUGUUCCACACUGAGAGCCCGGUCCUGCGUACAGAGGCAGGGACCAUAGCCAACAUCUCCAGCAGUAUCGUGAAUCUGGGCCUCAUCCUGUUGAUGGGCCGGGUCUACACUGCUUUAGCAGAGCAGCUCACUAAAUGGGAGAUGCACAGAACACAAACCCAGUAUGACAAUGCCUUCAUCUUCAAGGUGUUCAUCUUCCAGUUUGUCAACUUCUACUCUUCUCCUUUCUACGUGGCUUUCUUUAAAGGAAGGUUUGUUGGUUACCCGACCAACUAUGGGACCUUGUUUGGGAUGAGAAAUGAGGAUUGUGGUCCUGGGGGUUGUCUCAUUGAACUGGCUGAACAACUCUUCAUCAUCAUGGUGGGAAAGCAACUCAUCAACAACAUCCAGGAGUUCAUUAUCCCUAAAGUGAAGGCCUGGCGCCAGAAGAGAACUUUGGCCAAGGUUCUGGGGGGUAAGGCAUCCCAUGAGCCUCGGCGCUGGGAGGAAGAUUACAAGCUGGUGGAGUGUGAAGGCCUCUUUGAAGAGUAUCUGGAAAUGGUGCUCCAGUUCGGGUUCAUCACCAUCUUCGUGGCUGCCUUCCCCCUCGCUCCGCUCUUCGCCCUCCUCAACAACUGGGUGGAAAUCCGUUUGGACGCGCACAAGUUUGUGUGCGAGUAUCGGAGGCCGGUGGCCGAGCGUGCCCAGAACAUCGGAGUGUGGUUCAACAUACUGGAAGCCCUGUCGCACUUGUCUGUCAUCGCCAAUGCUUUUCUAAUAGCCUUCACGUCCGAUUUCUUACCUCGUCUGCUCUACCAGUACAAAUUCGAUAAUGAGCUCCACGGAUACGUCAACUUUACCUUGGCUUACGCCCCACUUAACUACACUGACAACUGCAGAUAUAAAGCGUACAGAGACAACAAUGGAAACCACACACUAUUCUACUGGGAGCUCCUCGCUGUCAGACUUAGUUUCAUCAUUGCUUUUGAGCACGUGGUGUUCUUUGUGCUGCGAGCCAUCGACUGGAUCGUACCUGACGUCCCUGAGUCGCUGGAGGUGAAGAUCAAGAGGGAGCGCUACCUGGCCAAGCAAGCUCUGGCUGAAAACCAGGAGGCUCUGUUGGUGAGUCGAAACCGAGGGGCUGCCACUGCCUGUGCGGGCACUGCUAGCCCAGCAAGCCACACGUCCUUUGGAAACAUGAGUUAGGAGUCUACCAUGGAAAAGCCGUGGUGGGAGAGAAUAUCAGAGGAGUAAGAGACACACCUCUGCAUCUGGAAGUCAACUUUUUCCCUGAGUGAAAUACUGUCUUCGCACUGGGAUUUUGUGUCACAAAUGUAUACUGCUGCACAGACAUUGUGAUCAACAGCUAUGUAAUAGAGGCCAGGUCAGUUUACCCACCUCACUGACAUUUUCAGCCACACAUUGAAGGUAAUAUCUUCCCAAUCUGUCCCUGAUCUAAAAAGAACCAUUUAUCCACACUGGGUACAGACUACAGCAACUGGGCCUCAGCCUGAAGGGGCUAAAACGUCAUAAAAUACAAUUUAAAUGGUUUGAUAAUUACCUGGCAACUUCAGCAUUACUAGAGUAAGAUGUUGGAACAAGGGCAUUUAUUUUUUCUUUUGUCUUGACAAAAAUGCACAUAAAUAUAAUUUCAAUUUACGAGGUAAAACGUUAAAAAAUGCAACAUUCUCAAAGUAACAGGCACAAUUUCUACCACAAUGACGCCACAUCCAUGUCAAUAUUUUUACUGUGUUUCUACUGGAUAAUUAAAGUUGCAGCAUAGUUAACGCUCUCACACUGUCAUUAGGGUUCAUCGGGUCGAGCCAGAUUUUAACAUGACAUAGUUUUACCUGCAGCAGUGUGAGUCAGACUCAGACUGAGGUUGAACAGUGAAGGCCAUAAUGUUAAACGGACACUAUGCACUGACGGGGCAAUACAGCAGAGGCUGACCAGUAGUGUGGGUCAGACUCCAUUAAUCUUUACCAUAAUGCAGUUUGAUGGCAAUUUUAUAUAGCAGGAGAAGUUAUUUGGUAAAUCUGGCAUAAUGGGGAGGCAAAUAAUUUUGCAUGAAGACUCCCCUGGUAUAUUAAUCAAUACAAAAGAUGAGCAAAUGCAUUUGGAAAUAGUUGGUUCUUUCCUUCAAAAGAUACAAGGGUACAAGCCUGUUUAAAGGUUCAGUGUGUAGAAUUUAGUGAUAUCUGGUGGUGAAGUUGCGUGUUGCAGCUGAAUACCCCUCAUCUCACCCUCCUCUUCCAAACAUGAAAGAAAAAGGUGUUUAGU